CCUCGGGCCCGGCCCCGCCCCCGGGCUCCUGUAGCGCCGGGUCCGCGCUCCCGGCCGCUCUCCGGGCGCUCCACGCUGUGGCCGCUCCGAGCAAUGAUUAACCCGGCGGGGCGGCCGGCGCGGGGCCCGGGGCGGAGGCGCGGGGCCGGGGCGGGACCCUGGAGGGCCGCUCGGCUUCCUGCUUUCGCCCAAGUUUCCUCGUAGAGGGCGCAGCGCCGGCCGGGGCCCGCGGCGCGGCGUGGCGCAGGGCGCGGUGCCGGGCGCGCGUGAGCGCCGAGCCUGCCGCCGGGGUCACCAUGAGGACUCUCCGCAGGUUGAAGUUCAUGAGUUCGCCCAGCCUCAGUGACCUGGGCAAGAGAGAGCCGGCCGCCGCCGCCGCGGACGAGCGGGGCACGCAGCAGCGCCGGGCCUGCGCCAACGCCACCUGGAACAGCAUCCACAACGGGGUGAUCGCCGUCUUCCAGCGCAAGGGGCUGCCUGACCAGGAGCUUUUCAGCCUCAACGAAGGUGUCCGGCAGCUGCUGAAGACGGAGCUGGGGUCCUUCUUCACGGAGUACCUGCAGAACCAGCUGCUGACAAAAGGCAUGGUGAUCCUGCGGGACAAGAUCCGCUUCUACGAGGGACAGAAGCUGUUGGACUCGCUGGCGGAGACCUGGGACUUCUUCUUCAGCGACGUGCUGCCCAGCCUGCAGGCCGUCUUCUACCCGGUGCAGGGCAAGGAGCCGUCGGUGCGCCAACUGGCCCUGCUGCACUUCCGGAACACCAUCACCCUGAGCGUGAGGCUGGAGGACGCGCUGGCCCGGGCCCACGCCCGCGUGCCGCCGGCCAUCGUGCAGAUGCUGCUGGUGCUGCAGGGGGUGCACGAGUCCCGGGGCGUGACCAAGGACUACCUGCGCCUGGAGACACUCAUCCAGAAGGUGGUGUCGCCCUACCUGGGCACCUACGGCCUCUACUCCAGCGAGGGCGCCUUCACACACUCCUGCAUCCUGGAGAAGCACUUCCUGCGCCGCUCCCGCUCAGGGGACGUCCUGGCCAAGAACCCGGUGGUGCGCUCCAAGAGCUACAACACCCCGCUGCUGAACCCCGUGGCAGAGCACGAGGCUGAGGGCACAGCGGCCGGCGGCGCAGGCACCCGCAGACAUUCGGUCUCCGAGAUGACAUCCUGUCCUGAGCCCCAGGGCUUCGCUGGCACGCCCAGCCAGGGCUCCGCUGGGACCUUCAAACACUCCCCGGCGCCCCCGGCAGGGCCCUGCCCCAGCAGACUGUACCCCCCGGCCCAGCCCCCUGAACCUGGCCCAGGCCCGGCCCGCAGCUCCCCAGUCUCCUCCAGCCCCGAGAACCUGGUGGACCAGAUCCUGGAGUCAGUUGACUCGGAUUCGGAGGGGAUCUUCAUUGACUUUGGCCGGGGCGCGGGCUCUGGCACGUCUGAGUUUGAGGGAGCGGGGGGCCGGCAGAGCAUCGUGUGACCCAGGCCUCGUGUUUUUACUGACCCCGCGUGUGUGCCUGUGCGGUGCGUGCGUGCGUGCGAGAGUUUUCUACUCUGUCCUGUCCAGUCCCCUGUCGGCCUCGGCCUCUGCAGCAUUCCUGAGUCUUUGCGGGAAAGACCGUCGCCGCCCCAGACCCUGGCUCCUUUGUUCUGGGGCGUUGGGGGCUCAGCAGGUGCAGGGUAGCCUCGCGUGCGUGCAGCAGGCCUGGCCAUGCUCUGCACCCCGGCCCACCCGGCCCUCCAGCGGCCACACCAUGGAGACUGUGAACCCCUCAGCUCGGCUGGGCCCCCGGAGUGACCCCCAUAAUCGGUGGCAGACCCACCUUCCCACUCCCCACUCCCCUCGGGCCACAGCGUGACCUCCUGUGUGCAACUCUGUCCCAGGCCCUCCGAGCAGCCUGUCCUCACUCUGCUCGGGGCAGCUGUGGGCAGGUAGCAGGCGGAAUAAAGCUUGUCUGCCCAGCUCC